AAGAAAGGAAAGAGCGAGACUUUGGAAGGGAAGAGAAGGAAAGAAGAUAGAGAAAUUGAGAAAAAAAUAAGUAAACGAAGAAACUGAGGAGCCGAACUUUGGAAAGGAGGGAGAAGAAAGACGACAACGGGGGAGAGAUAAAAAAAUGCUUGAAGAAAGUAAGGAAGGAUGAAGAUGACGAGGAAGUGGUAAAAAAAAAAGGGAUGAAGUGAAGAAGGUAACGGGUGUGUGUGUGUGUGUGUAUCUUCAGCUUUCAUAAUUGAACUGAUGCGAAGAAGGAACCCGCAGUGAACGAAGGAAGAAAGAAGGAAACGAAGAAGGAAGUGAAGGAAUGUGGUGGCGGUGGUGGUGGUGCUGUGGAAUCGUUUGAAAAGUUACCACCCGCGGCGCUGCAUGACCCCGAUUUUGUGACGCGGUGUUAGUUUAUCAGUUUGUCUCAGCACCACCAACCAAUCAAGUGAAGUGGAGACACCAAGACUUCAGUCUGAGGUGGAGUGACUGCGUGUGUUCGUGCGUGGGGUGUGGAUGGUGAAAAGACGAGGUGGAGACAUUGACGCGGUGGUGGUGGAGGUGGUGUCGAUUAGUGGUGGUGGCACUAGAGGUGAUAGAUGAUGCUAGCCUCUGGUAGUGAUGUUGGGGAGUGGUGUUUGUGUAGCUACUGUGACCCUAAGCUGGAAUCACCACCACCACCCCCACCUCCACCCCCGCCACUGCCCCUACGCCAUCACCACCAGCACCACCACCACCCACACCAACCCCUACCACUACCACCGUCACCCUCACCCCCUCCUCUCCCUCUGUGGCACUACGAGGCAAGCUGCAGCACUCUGAACAGCAUCAGCAGCAUCAGCACCAACAGCAGCACCAGCAAUAGCAGAUUCGUCGCUUUCCACCCGCCAAGCUACCCAACCACCAACACCAUCUCCUCCACCACCACCACUCAGCCGCUCCACCAGUACCACCAGCACCCCCUGCAGCCUCCGCCCCCACCACCACCCCUUCGCCAACACCAGCAGCAGCGCCUCCACCAGCAGAAUCUUCAGGAGGACCCUUAUGAGAUGAAACUGUCGUCUGAAAUGGCCACGGCUUUCCUUCUGUCUCUCGAUCUCCUUCAUCCGUGUCACCCACAGCGAAGGGUCAUCCAGCAGGCACUGAAAGCCGUCUAUCCCUCCAUCCGGGACCCUGGUGGGAGUCUGGGGGGUGGAGGGGGCACUAAAAUACCCUGACAUGCCCCCCCUGCUACCACCCACACCGUCCCCCUCUCCGUCCACCACCACCACCACCACCACUACCGCCGCCACCACCACCACCACCAGCAGUACCAACAACACCACCACCACCACUACCCUCGUCGGCACCACCACCACCACCACCACCACUACGGCGUUCCCGUCAUGGCUGCCUUAUCCUCUCUUCGGUCCCGAGCCAGGUGGAGGAGGGAGUCACAACGGCGAGGGAGGCCUUGGAGGAAUGGGAGGAGGCGGAGGAGGAGGGCGGGGAGGGGGAGGAGGAAGCACCGGUAGUGGGAGGGGGGGAGGAAGAGGCCCUGAUGAAGGGGAACUCGGAGCUUACUGGGAACUUCUGGACGCUGAAAUCCGACCCGUGAAGCCUCUGCCCGCAUGCCCCGGAGUCACAGAAGAUAUUCAACGAGCACAAGGAGAUGGCCGGCAAGUACCUGGUCCUACAGCAGGAGAUCUUCAACCUGAGGCAACGAAAGACUGCUCUGGAGGAGAAGUUGUCCCAGGCGGAGAAGCUGGAGAGCAUUGGGAACCAGCGGUACCAGGACAAGAUACAGGAGCUGGAGAGCAAGAGGCAAAACCUGCGGCACACCCACAGCAAAUUGAGGCAACAGCUGGAGCAGAUCCGCACCAGGCAGGAGGAGCAGCGGCAAAGACAGCAGCAAGAGGAGGAGGAGGAUGGCGUAGGGGAGCCCACCCUGGACCUCCCCCUCACUCCUCCCUGAAACCUUGCACUGCAUCUUCUCGUGUGUGAUGCAACUGGUGGUGUUCCUCUCAGCCAUAGAUGGUUUGGCAUGAAGGGAGGGAAGUGGGUUGUGGGUGAAGAAGUGGAGAUACCUGUGGCAAAUCUGGUGUCUUGUGCCUACUGAGUGAAGGCAGUGAUGUUUGUGGGUCCAGAGAGAGAGAGAGAGAGAGAGAGAGAGAGAGAGAGAGAGAGAGAGAGAGAGAGAGAGAGAGAGAGAGAGAGAGAGAGAGAGAGAGAGAGAGAGAGAGAGAGAGAGAGAGAGAGAGUGUGUGUGUGUGUGUGUGUGUGUGUGUGUGUGUGUGUGUGUGUGUGUGUGUGUGUGUGUGUGUGUGUGUGUGUGUGUGUGUGUGUGUGUGUGUGUGUGUGUGUGUGUGUGUGUGUAGGACAAUAGAAGCUAUGGACUUCUUUUUUGCCUCCACCAGAGUGCAAAGGUUAGGAGAGAUGAAAGAAAAUCCAAACAGUGGAAGUAUUGAUGAGUGAGAAAAUCCAGUGUCCUGUGAUGAUGCUACAAGUGAUGAGCUGAGGGAGGUGAAGGAGGCUCAUUCACUCUAUGAAGGAAAAAUCACUUGUGAAGGAGCUUUCCUUCACUUGUUUACUCAAGAGUACAGACUUGAGGCAAUAAUGGGAGUAAUAAAGGCUGUUGUGAGAGGAGAGGUGGUGGCAUGGUGCUGUGUUGACAUGAGAACCAAGUGACUCUCUCCUUCUGACCAAAGCUGUUGUUUUUUAAAUGAUUUGUAUUAGUUACAAAUUAUUUAUUUCACUUUUGAGUACAUUUGCAUAAGUUGGUGUAAAGUGUCCCUGAUUUUUAAUAUAUUUUAUGUAUACUUGCUUUUUACCAUAUGUGUUGUUUAUGUGUGUGUGUGUGUGUGUGUGUGCACAUGUAUGUAUGUGUAUAUAUGUGAUUAUGUGAAUUUAGUCAAUUAUUUAUAGGAUAUUUUGUAUCAUCUGUGUAGUAUGGUGAUGUAGCUGAUGAGAAGUUUACUGUGUUAAAUUAUUAUGAUUGAUGGAGAGGAUUAGAUAAUGAUAUGUCAGUUGAAGAUGUGCAAAAAAUAAAUAAAUAGCUAAAUAAAAUAGAUAAAUAAAUCAGUGUCAGGAAGUGUCACAUCAGGUCUUAGUGGUGGAAGUAUAAAGUAUUAGUGGGAGGCAUUGUAAGUUAGUAGUACAAUGAGGCAGUACUGAGACAAGAGGAGCUGGGAGGGGAAUAAACAGGUACCACUCAAGGCCACAGCAUACAGACAUGGCAGAAAAUUGCUUGACAUUCCUUACAGGUCACAGUAAAAAAAUGUGCUUGUAUAGCCUGGUUCUUGAGUGGCACUUGUCAAAUAUGGAUGGAUUUUGGAUUCAUUUGAAGGAAUGCUUGUGAUUGAUGUGAGUGAGGCAUAAGGUUUUUUAAGGUGCAGUUGCAUGAUGAUGGCUGCAAGUGAGUGGCCAUAAUGAUUGUUGGGUAGGAAAGAGAAAAGACAUUGGCCUGUAUUCUGUCCAUUUGAAUAAGUUAUUAUUAGUGCUCAUAUUCCUGGCUGUUUGAAGGUCCUCUUGUAAAUUUAUCUUUGUAAUUGAAUUACAUAUUGAAUUUGUGAUCAUUGAGAAAUUUUUUGCUUGAUGUUUCAACUUGAGGGAUGAUCAGUGAAACAGUUGGUUCGCUGAGUAAGUGUGGGAUGAAACUGGACUCCUUCCACCUCAUUACAUUGUCAGUUCUAAUGAACAAUGUGCAAAGAGGCCAACAACAUGCUCAUGACUGUUCUUGCACCACUUGUGAUUCAUAAAUGCAACUACAGGCAGAAUUUGUUUGCAUUAUUAUUGUAUGUAAAUAGUACAGGUGACUUAGUGUAUGGGAAAGUGAGUGAAAAUUUUGUAAUCAGUCAUUUCAUCUUGUGAAAUUACUUUGUGUGUGUGUGUGUGUGUGUGUGUGUGUGUGUGUGUGUGUGUGUGUGUGUGUGUGUGUGUGUGUGUGUGUGUGUGUGUGUGUGUGUGUGAGAGGUGACGACAGGCACCAGUUUUGAGAAGGGGUCUGUGGGUGGUGAGGGAGGGAGAGAGGGGGGGUGGCAUACUUGUCUUCGCUCAUAUUUUGAGUGCAAUAAAAACUAAUAUUACACAGAAAAAGCAGCACAUUGUCAUGCAAUACUUCCCCUAUAAAUGAACAGUAAGUAAGGCUGCCUUCACUCAAGCACUUUCUAGAAACAGCUGCAGGUAAAUGGGAGCCUUGGAUGUGUUGUAUGAUGUCCAAGCCAACAAGAACAUUGGUAUCCUUUCUGGCUGGUAGUGGCAGUGGGAGCUGAAACACACAGGAACACUUGUGAAGGCAGCCUAACUAACUGUAUGUAGUAAUAUUUCCACUGCCCUGUUUGAAAUAUUUCACAGUUGAAGUAUUAUUUUACAACACUUAAUUUACUUUUACAACGAAGAUAUUUAGUGUUUCUUCUGUAAGCUGUGUGUGUGUGUGUGUGUGUGUGUGUGUGUGUGUGUGUGUGUGUAAGGUUAUUGUAACAGUCUUCUUGUGUUGUCCCAAACAGUAUUGAGAGACACAAGAUAUCCUGAAAAAAAGGCUGUAUUAGCUUUGAUUAGUUGGAGCAGCAGCAAAGUGUGUGUAGUAGAUAUGUGGAUGAAAAUUUUAUACAUACAAGUCAUAGGUUCUCUAUAUGCUAUGAAAAUUAAAACAUAGAAAAAUAAACCAUUCCAAAAUUACACGUUGAAUGCAGUGCACCUCACGAGGCAGACCAUGGUGAAAAAGUGAUGUGUGGAGUAGAGCUAGCUCCUGCAUGCCUACAUCUAAACUGGGCUGGGUUCUUCCUUAAGGGGAACAGAAAUAAAGAGGUCCAUUUUAGUUGGCUUAUAUGAGAGCACUAGAACACAAUAGUGAGUGGUAUUCUUCCAACCUUGCUACACAAAAAAAUACUUUUAAAUAGUACUAAGUAGUUCUGCUUCACAGUUACUUCUGACAUCAAAAUUUAUGGCAACGAACAGCAAAAUGGUGAAAUUAAAAUUUUAGCCAUGAUCAAAGAAAAUAUAAAUGUUAUUCCUUCACCCAGUAAAUUGAAUGAAGCAUAUUUAUUCUUAAGCUUGAUUUGAGGCGCAAGAGGAUCAAUUAAAUUAUUACUUUGGCCGAUGAUUUCAAAGAGUGACCCAGCUUCCCACUUCUAAGUUUCACCACACUGCUGUAAUGAUUCAUGGUAGUGACACACAGGAUAUGAUAAAAUACUGCAUCUUGGCAGGCCACUCUCAACUGGCCACUGUUCCAAUGUCUUCCAGUUACAAGUUACAGCAAUAAAACUCACUGAAAACUGCAUCAAACUCAGGAUUAACUGUCUCAUCCAUGAGUCAUUACAUUACAAAAUCCUACUUUUCUACUUAUAUCUGAUGCUUGUUCCUAACCUGGGAAAUAUUCAUCCAUAAAAUUCGUUUCUACACAAAUAAUUAUGAAAAAUGUAUACUAAUUAUAUAUAAGAUAUGACGAAGCGAGAAGAAAAAGCAAGAAAAAGUAUCUACCAGACCGGCAAUCCCACACGGGGUGGCACAGAGCACCACACACGUACUUAUAUUAUUCACAUUCUUAGCCCCAUUGAUCCUUAGUGAGAAGGGGUAGUCUUGUGGACCAUCAUACUACACCCUAGGAGCUUAGGCAUAGCACAGCUGGACAUACAUCUAUCUACACAGCCAGGCCUGACAACGAACACUAGUAAAAUCUAUAACCAAGUUUAAAAAUUUUUAUUAUAAGAUAACCCUCUUUACUAUGAUGCCUCCUGUGAGAUACAUCAUGACAGUGUAAGCUGAGGGGAAAGGAGGGUGUUCUAUGUAAUGUGGAGGUGAAUAAGAAAGAUGCUUACUGGCAGGAAGGUGAUGGUCACUGGGAUGCAGGGAAGGUGUGUGACAGCUGCUUGGGAUGGCUGGAUGGCAAGUGAAUAGUUGUCGGCCUUUGUUAUGUUAGGUCCAGUAAAUUGUACUAUACUGUAUUAUUGUAUUAUUUGUAUAUAUCAUACAUUGUAUUUUGUACUAAUAAGAAUAAAUUUUCCAUGAA